GGUAAUUGCAAAAACCCUAGUUCAUGAUGGGGCGGCGGCCGAAAACGAAAGCGAUUCCAGAUGAUGACGACGACGACUCUUCACUGAACAAAGGCUUCGAGAUCGAUGAGGAGUUCGGUAAGAGGUUGUUGCACAACAAGAAUCGCGAGGAUCUCCAGCGACACGAGGAGCUGAGGAGGAGAGGUGCCAUCAGGGAUGAUGAAAAUCCCGAGAACGACUCUGAGCCAGAAUCUGAGCAGGAUGAUGAUCUUGGUAAUCCAGAAAGUGAUCUCAGAUUUAUUGAUCUGUUGAUUAAGGUAAAGAAGAAGGAUCCUUCGAUUAGGGACAAAAAUGCAAAGUUCUAUGAGUCUGAUGAUAGUAGUAGUGAAGAAGAUGGGGUUGAUAAGGAGGAUAAGAAGAAGAAGAAGAAGAAGAUGAAGAAGAUGUAUCUGAAAGAUGUUCAGGCACAGCAUUUGCUUGAGGAAGGUCCUGAGUAUGUUGAGGAAGGUGAGGAGAGGAGCGUGAAGACUUACGCUGAGCGACAGGAAGAAUUGAGGAAGGCUGUAGUCGAUGCUUUGGAAACUGGAGGGAACGAGAGUGGUGAGGAUGAUGAUCUAUUGAGAGUUAAAGAGAAGGAAGGAGAUGAUGUGGAGGUUGUUAAUGAGGAGCUGGCUAAGAAAAUGGAUGAGUAUUUUGGUGAAGAAGCUGAAGUUUAUGAGAACCAGUUUUUGAAAGAUUACUUGGUGAAACAGCUGUGGAAGGAGAAAGAGGAGAAGAUUGUAGAGGAAGAAGAGUUGAAUGAGUUGUCUGACGAUGAGGAAGCUGUUGAGAAGCAAGAGGAUUAUGAGAAUCAAUUUAGGCAUGAAGAGAAUGCUGGGGAGAUAGUUAUGGGUCAGUCUAGGAUUGUGGAAGGGUCGGUGAGGAAGAAGGAUAAUGCGAGGAAAGCGCAGAGGAAGAAUAAAGAGGAGAGAAUGAAGAUGGCUGAGAUUGAGAGGAAAGAGGAGCUGAAGCGUCUUAAGAAUGUUAAGAAGAAGGAGAUGAAGGAGAAGAUGAAGAAAGUGCUUUCUGUUGCUGGUUUUAAGGAUGGAGAAGAGUGUCCGCUAGAUGCGAAAGACUUUGAUGAUGAGUUUGAUCCGGAGGAGUAUGAUAAGAUGAUGAAAGCUGCGUUCGAUGACAAUUAUUAUGGUGCGGAGGAUUCAGAUCUGAAUAGUGAUGAGGAUGGUGAUGGAGAGAAACCAGAUUUUGACAAGGAAGAUGACUUGCUUGGACUUCCGAAAGAUUGGGAUGUGAUUCAGGGUGGGGAUGGUUUUAUAGCCGCUAGAGAAAAGGUUUUGAAGCAAAAGGAGAAUAUUUUAAGCGAUGAUGAUGAAGGAGAGAAAGAAGAAGUAGACGAGGAGAAAGAGGAAGAAGAAGUAGAUGAGGAGAAGGAGGCAGACGGUAAGAGGAAGAGAAAGCGAAAAACUUCUCUUGUACAAAGAGCAAAAGAAGCAUUGAUGGAGGAGUACUACAAGCUAGACUAUGAGGAUACAAUUGGAGAUCUGAAAACAAGGUUUAAGUAUGCUAAAGUACAACCUAACAGAUAUGAACUGGGGACAGAAGAGAUACUCACCUUAGAUGACACAGAGCUGAACCAGUAUGUACCAUUGAAGAAGAUGGCUCCCUAUGUGGAAAAGGAUUGGGAGGUGAACAAACAUAAGGUUAGGGAGCAAAAACUUAAGAUCAAGGAGUUGUGGGAGGGUAAACACGAUGAGAAGAGAAGCAAGAAGAGGAAGAAGAGUGAGGUUGCUGAGACGAAACCAACACAGAAAGCAGAUGAGGACGGCGAGGCUGAGACGAAGCUAUCGAGAAAGGCGAAAAGAAGAAGGCGUAAAGAAGAGAAGAAACUUCCUCCUAACAGAAUGAUUGCUUAUGGGAAAGGCGAAGAGAAGAAGGCACGAUGAAGAAAAGAAGCUUCCUCCUAAUAGAAUGGUUGCUUAUGGGAAAGGCACAGUGAAAAAUGGAAACUGAUGCAGUAUCUCUUUUUGUUAUAGAACAUGGGUUUAUAUUUUGUUUACAAUUUUGAGUGUUCGAAUUUACUCUUUUUGUCUUGAGAGAAUCUUAGCUUUUUAUCAUUUCCUAGUAGAGAGGUUCUGAAUUUUAUCAGUUUAUGAUGUUCAGUUUCAUUGUUCUUCAGCGGUUUCGAAUUUAAUAAUAUCCUUCAUUCUUCGUCAA